AUGACCAAAAGGAAAACAAAUCUCUCCUCAAUUACUAAGAAUUUAUUCAAUAAUGAUUAUGAUUAAGAUACUUUAUUCUCCUCUCCAUUGAAAUCAACUGAUUAAUCUAAAUCUAAAGUUUCCUCCAAUUAAUCACCAAUCAAAUUAGACAGUAUUGAUAAUUUAAUUGAAAGUUAAAAUACUUUAAGAACUAAUAGACCAUCAGAAUUUAAUCUUAAAAAAAUGUUAUCUAAAAUGGAUAAUGUUGAUAAUAUACAUGAAACAUAAUAAUAAUAUAAAACCUUUAGAUUUAGAAGAAAUGAAAAUUUUUAAUCUUAACCUAAUUUAAAAAUUGAUGUUAAGAACGAUAUUGAUGAAUUCUUUAAUAACAAUACUCCCAUUAAUAAUACUUAAUCAAAAUAUAAUAAAGAGAGUAAACAAUAUUAAUUAAUUACCUUUACAGAUUAUGUUGAAAAGAUUUAUGGUAAAGAUUGGUUUACAGUACCAUAAAGAAGAUUUAGAAGAUAAACUACAAUAUAAGAAUUCUUUGAUAUCAUUGAAUGA